GUUCAGAUGGAAGAAGACCUGACGCUGCUGUGAGUAGUAAGUCACUGAAUGAACAGGAGGGUUUUUACACGCUUGCUGUUACACUUGAGUGAUGAGGAGGAAGGGUUUAUCCCUCAGGUGAAUCAUGGCUCUGUCCAGCUCUAUUCAUCCAAUUCUGAUUGAAGACGCCAACCUAGAAAACUGGAAGGUGAUCGGCUCCGGGGGGUUUGGCCAAGUCUACAAGGCCCGGCAUCAUAAGUGGUGCUGCGACGUGGCCGUUAAGCUUCUACAUUACGAUGACGGGAGAAGCUCGUCUCUGCUGCGGGAGGUGGAAAUGAUGCGUCAGGGAAGUAGCCCCUACGUCAUCCAGGUCCUCGGGGUCUUCAAGGGCCGACCCCCAUCCUCGGGCCCUUCGGCGCAGCUCGGCCUGGUCAUGGAGUUCAUGGAGAGGGGAACCCUGGCGUCUCUGCAGGACAGCCUAUGUGGCGCCCCGCCGUGGCCGCUGGCCUUCAGACUGGCUCACCAGAUUGGUCUGGGUGUCAACUUCCUGCACAGCCUCACGCCGGCCCUGCUCCACCUGGACCUGAAGCCCAGCAACGUGCUGCUGGACUGGUACCUCAAUACCAAGCUCACAGAUUUCGGACUUGCCCGGUUUUCAUACAGUGUCACACGGGCUUCUAAGAAGGACAGCGAGGAGGAAGGCGGGACAAUCAGCUACAUGCCCCCGGAGGCCUUUGACUUGUCAUACUCGCCUACGCGAGCCUCUGAUAUUUACAGCUAUGGAAUCCUACUGUGGUCCAUUGUCACGGGAAAGCAGCCAUAUGCCAAUGCCCUGUCCAGCAUCGUGCGGCUUCGCAUCCCGCAGGGAGACCGACCGUCGCUGGAGGAGAUCCGAAGCCAGGCUGCAGGACGUGCAGGCAUAACGGGACUGAUGGAGCUGAUGGUGAGAUGCUGGGAGGCAAAACCCGACAAGAGGCCUUCGUCCUUUGAGUGUACAACCAUGACAGAAGAACUGUACAAGAUGCACAAACACGCAAUUAAUGACGCUGUCCAUCAAGUUCUGAAGAAACUGGACCAAAAGGAAGAAGAAAGCCUAGCAGAGCAUGUUGAGAGGUUUCAUAUCACUCAGACCUCGGGUGUGAACAUUAAAAAUGUGCCGACAGGACGCCCGCCGAUUCAGGAAAUGGCUGGUAGUUGGACUUCAAAUUCAAGAGUCAAAGAUGUGCCCUCACCUCAACGUGCGAAUGUUUGUAACGUUGACCAUUCCGGCUCGGCAGCUUACUGUGAAGUAAAACCAUCAUCUGUUCACCCCAUUGAAUCGUUCCCACCGUCUCAUUCAAUCAGGAGGUUGCACCCAGUCAAAACAGCAAAUGCAUCUUUAAAGCAAGCGCACCUUCAUCAGUAUCAGCGCCAGGUUUCCAGCCCUGACUCCCUCUCAAGCAACGCCCCCAUGACAGGUAAAGUCAACAUUUACUUCAGCAACGUAACUGGAUUGCAGAGCGGCUUCAACAACACCAUGACCAUUUACACCACGAGCCCCGUAGAGAGGAAACGCCAUCCGACAGCCCCAUCUGCUGUUAACCUCCCGCCGCAUCCAGGAAAAAGAAAACAGCAGACAGGGGGAGUGUGACGAGUGUGCGUCGUGUGGUGUUCAAGUUCUCUUUCACACGUAUCUCUGUGGUUUGUCCUGUGUUGCACAACAGUAGGACUUGAGAUGACUAAGAGGCAUUCCUCUAUAAAAGCUUGAUUUUUUUUAUCCUGUGCCUUUGCUUUUUAAAUCUGCAGGAUUCAGAUUGUGUGUAAAAAGGGUUUUGUAAGUGCAGUAUGUACGGCUAGUUUUUGGACAACCUUUAUUUAUUCUGGUUGGGUUUUUUUAUGCUCACACAUCAUUUUUUCCUGUGAGCAACGUCUGAGCCAAUUGUGGUCAUAUGGUUUGUUUUUUUGUCCAACUGUGGCCCACAAAUAUUCACAGUCACGAUGCCAGCUCUAAUUUGGAAGCCAAACAGCAGCUUGAUUAUUAGUCAAAGCUUCAAUAUAUUCAAUAUAGCUAUUCAAUAUAAUCUGUUCAGAAUAUGUUUUUACCACAUUAUGUAUGUGACAAAAUAAAUUGAAGCUUUUUUCUGGUGCUGAAAUCUUUAUACCUUUGGUAUUUCAAGUGCUAGGUAUAUUUACAUGGUUCAUAUAUUUAUUCACAUUGGAAAUAUAGUUGGAUCAUGGAAACAUAACAAAUAUUAGAAAUUUUGAAAUGUGCAAAAACCCCAUUGAUUUUGUAUUUAACAAUGACUUGAGGGGAGUGGAGGCAAAACACAUUCAGGCCCAAAUUGGUUUAAAUAUAAACCAGGAUCAUAAUGAAAAUGGUGAUCAAUAAUGGUGCAUGAAAUCUUAGCUUUAAAUACUUCACUUAGUAGGAACAUGAUGUAGCUUCAGUGCUGGAACCAACAUACAGUGAACAUUAAUGUAAUUGCUUGUAAUAUUGAUAAUUUCUAUUAAAUGAGUCUCUCUUUG